AAAACCCGACGGCUUGCUGCUCUUCUUCUGCUGCAGAUAUUGAGAUACAAUGGCGGCGUCCAUGAGGACAGCGGGUGCAGCGCUCUGGUCAAAGGCAGUGCGGGAUUUCGACUCUAAGGCUGCUGCUGCUGCUGCUGCUCGGCCUGGUGUCCCCCCGCUCCCCCUUCAACACUCAGCGUUAACACGCAGCAGUGUUUAUAUGGUUCCUGCAGUCUUCCUUCACACAGGACGUGUUCGUCAGACCCAGACAUCCCGUUCUAUCACAGUCAUUGAGGAGCCAGACACACUAUUUCAGAAGCUUACUGUGUUGGUUAAAGGCCACGAUAAGGCUGUUCUUGACAGUUAUGAGUUCUUUGCCUCAAUGACUGCAAAGGAACUUGGCUUAACUCUGGCAAAAGUAUCUGAACCUCCAAAGAAUAUAGAGAGACUUACGCUUCUUAAGUCUGUGCAUAUAUUUAAAAAACACAGAGUCCAGUAUGAAAUGAGAACACAUUUCAGAUGCAUUGAGAUAUCCAAAGUAACAGGCUCUACUGCACAGGUGUAUCUGGAGUACAUUCAGCGCAACCUUCCAGAGGGAAUGGCCAUGGAGGUUACUAAGACUGCUAUUGAGAAAGUUCCAGAGCAUAUCCGGACACCCCUCUGGGGUGACCAAAGCCAGGCAGAGAAAACCAGCCAAUAAGAUUGUAUUAUGUCUUUAUUGUGUCUUUUUAAAUGCAUCUUAUUUAAUUGAUUGAAAUGGUCAAGCAUUGUGUGCAUGAAUUAUUGUAAGUUUAUAUUGAAUUGCUAAAAUUACACUUGUUGUUCUUUAACAUCUUGGUACAAGGGAAGUAUGAAAGACAGAGCUUAACUUUAACAAAACUGUUAAGAUGAUGUCAAUAAUAAAAAAUUGUCUGGCUCCUAA